AUGACCCUCUUGGGCAAUGUUGUCGCCAAUGACGUCCUUAUUUCAAGCGUGCUGUCGGUUCUCACUGGUCCAGACCUUGCCCGUCUGGAGAUGGUGAGUGCCAGCAUACUUGCAGAGCUAACGGCUUUGCAUCAUUGGGUGAAGUACUUCCAGCGCAUGUCCCACGUGCGCUUAGCUGGAGGCUGCCUGAUGGUGCUCUCGGAGUGCGGACCACAACGGAGCGGCAUAAAGGCGCUGUUGUGUAAACUGGCAUCCAUGGCAACUUCCGGAGAAGACGACGCCUCUCUUCCCGAGCACGUGGCACCGGUAGUUCUAGGGUCUUUAUCGGACGCGCAGAAGCUUGAAAAGAAGCUACUGGCGGCUGAGCAGAAGGCUAGACUAGCCAGGAACGACGGGCUCGCGACGACCGGUGCUUUGAUCAGGUGCUUCCAGUUUACGGACGGGAGUGUGAGCACACCAAUCUCCUUUCACCUAAACUCCCAGAGAUACAUGCUUCAGCUGGGCUGGACCACAUCCGAUGAUGUGGUGCUGAAAGUGGCGGUGGAUCCGCCCAGUGAUCCUGACUUAGAGACACAGCCCCUGCUGUCCAUCAGCAUCUCAACGAUUGGCGCAGGUCCAUGUUUCGCUUCUCGUGAUUCCAUCGUCACUCCAGAUGAGCGCUGGUGCAGCAUCAAUGGCAUUUGCACGCUGCUUUCCAGCCAUGAACUCAUGAACAGCCUCAUCGCUGGACUUUGGUGCGUUGUGUGCAUAAGUCACCACCCGGACGAUGCGCCACAGCCGCGGUCGCGACGUGCCACGAACAUGUUGGAGAGCCUGUCACUUCAGCCUCUUGAAGCGGACUUGGCCUUUGAGCUUUAA